GCGACACUCGUCGCGGCGGGGCGGGGGGGGCUGGGGAGCCGCGCCCGGCGGAGGCGGACAGGACUGUGGCGGGAAAGGGCACCGGGGCGGCCCUCGCCGCUGCGGGGCUGGGUUGGGUUGCGCCCGCGAAGAGACCGUGUUGCGGCCCGGCGCGGAGGGAGCGGCCCGCCCGCUUCCUGGUGGCCGGGCUCUGCGUCCCUGCCGGCGAAAGCAAAGACAAAAGGUGGUACGUCAUAGCUGGAAGUUCACAGAACCCUCCUGCCGUCAUAAAAGGUAGAAAGAUGUGGCCUCAGGAGUUAGCUAAGGUUAUUUCUGCACCCAAAGAUGGGACUGAAGAUGCAUUGGAAGUAGCUUUAAACUAGUCAGCUUUGGUCAAAUUAGCUGUUAGUAGGGUGCUACUCCAUAUGGUCAAUGAAAUCUAACAGGGAAUUUGGGUAGACAUUCAGCUGCUGGUUUCCACUGAUGUCUGCACUGCUAUAGAGACGCUCUUACCGGUACCUGAGCUACCAAGUUUAAAACAUUCGUGUCUACAUCAAGUACACCCACACUUCUGGCCUCAGUUUAGACACAAAACUGUCUCUCAAGUUAACUAAUCCUGGUUGGAGCAAGGCGGUUGGUAGUUUUCACCUAAAUUAACUGGUUGGAUUUAGAACUGUGUGGGAGCCUAAUUUUAACACGCUAUGUUAACUCCUGUGAAAAUGAAGGAUAUCUUUGUCCUCAUGGGAUUCUAGUUUGAGGUAGUCUGGGUUUUUUUUCCAUUUCCUAGUGUAUGUAAAAGUCAAGACCAGGCCAGAGGGAAAGAGGACAGGAUAAAUGUUGAGACCUUAUAUAUUAGUUCCACCCUGUUGCCAUUGGCAGUGCAUCAGAGAGGGUAAUACCGUUACAGCUGGCAGAAAACAUGCUGCCAGAUGAGUGCCUCUUCAUCAUCUGUCUCCUCCCUCUCCGAGGCAACUGGGGGAUUAAGAGGUGGUGAAUUGGACUUGCUUUCUGAAAUUGGGUGUAUAGUGGAAAUGCUUCUGCCUUUAUUAAUGCAAGUUGUAGGCAUGUUGUACCUGUUAUCAUGUAGGGGUGAAAGCUAUAAAAUUACGCAGAGUUUCAGGCAGUUUAUUCCUUUUUCAGGUCCUGACAGAGAGUUUGCUAGCCUAAUGUAACCCAAUGUAUAUAUUUAGCUAAUGCCGGCCUGAUGUAUAUUUAACUGCUCUGAUAAAUCCUAUUCUGCCUUUCCUUACAGAUCUUGCCUAGGAUAUACAUGGGGGCAAUCCUGGGAAAGCAAAGUAGACCAGCAAAACUGUGGUUGUCUGCGAAUAGUUGCAUCUAGAGCAAGCGCUUUUGCUUCUGUAGCUGUGGUGAUGAAAGAUCACACUUCCUCAUGCAUCUAACAUAACUAUUGCCGCAGAGGUGUGCAAUAGAGGUCACACCUACUGUACUUUAUGCCUAUUUUAUCCACUUUACUCCCUGUAAGCUUAUUUAGCAGCUAUUCAAUGGCACUGAUGUUUAUUCAGAGCAGAUUGUGUUCUUAUAAUCUAACCCCUCUCUGUUUCAGUUUAUACUAGCCAAAACUACACUAUUUUGGAUAACUUUUCCAUGUUUUAAAGAUAUUUUAAUAUGACACCAUCAGCAAAAGUAAAGAAGACUUUGAGUAAAAUUCCUUUCUCAGUGUAGUCCAGCAACUAAGAUUUCUUUCUCAUGAAACUUUAAUUGCUCAUAGACAAUUGGUGCUUUCAGUCCCUCCUUCUUCACCCGCCCUAGUGAAAAAAGAGGCGUUGUCCAUAAGGUGAAAUUAAUUUAAGUAUGAUUUAGAAUAAGGGUGGAAAUUAUUCAAAAUUUCCUGUGUAGAAGCCUUAUGGAGUAGCAGCACGGAGAUCCCCCUUCAGGAUAUGUGACAUAACUGUACAGUGCAGAGAAAGUGAUCCUCAAAGUACACAGGUUACAAAUAAUUUAGAAUUUUAUAUUCCUCUUGAAAGCUAAGAGGCAGCAAAUGUAAAACUCUGUUUACAAUCUUGAUAUGCUUCUAAUGGAAGCAUAUUUUCCCACCUAGCUAAAAUUCUGGAUUAAAAUCAAAUUGUAAUUGUAUAUAAAAGGGCUUUGUAGCAGACUGGCAUCAGGCUGAAGAAAGAAUAGCUUAUGAUAGUUAUUUCCGCUCCAAAAUAAAUAGUGGCAAUUUAAUGACAAGGCAUAUAUGAAAAAAGAUUGUCUCUUGGCUGCUCUCAGUAUAAAAAUACUGAAUGAAUUAAAUUUUAAAAUAUUGAAGUAAAAGAUAAUGAGAAACCAAGACGACAUUUCCUGUUGAUUUCAGUGGGUCCUGUCAAGUCUAUAUGUUUCCAGUUUUCCCAUUCAUUGUUUCUUUUCUUUUUAUGUAAAGGAUGGCAUCCAGCUGCAUGCUUUAACUGGAAAUAAGUAAACGUAUGGAAAAUUACUAGCUUUAGUCUGAGGUAAUUACACAAAUGCAUACACCCCCCCCUGUGUGGUGUUAAUUUUUUAUUAUGGUGAUGAUAACUAUAAAAAGAUGUAAAAGUGCUACCAUCUGUGUCUGUGUCGGACAGUGAUCUGGCACACAUGCAGGAAAAAGAGUUGUUUCCCUCGUUAGUUGAAACCAUUUCUGGUUUUAAUGAUGUUAUAUAUGCAUUGAGUCCUUAAUUUUUAACAAUAAGGUAGCUAUUUCAUCAUAUCUUUUCUUUUUAACAGUGAAAUCAUUAUCCUGUUUCUUUGACUGAAGGAAAACCCUGUCCUCAGCUAAGAAUAUACCAGUACAGCGUGUGUGUGAGUCCUUAUUGUUCAACUCUCUGUAUGUGGACAGCACAGAGUGUAGAAUAUUACUGGCCAACUGGACGGGCUGUUCAAAGGCUAAAAAGUGCUUUAUGUUUAUCUGAGGUGCAGGUCAUCUCCCUUUUCAUUUGAAUGUGCAAUUAAUCGGUAAUUUUUUCCUAUGUCACUUAUAAUAUUAAACAAUAUUAAACUCUCCAUGUGUUCGGUACAGCUCAUAGACUGUGUCGCAUGUUGGUAAUCAAAACAGGUGUUACUAAGUCUUAAGUCUCACCCAAACUUAUAAUUUGUAUUAAUUAUCUCUCUCCAUUAUUAUAAUCUUUUUUAAUUCUUAGCUAAUCAUGCUUAGUGUCAACAAUUUCACUGUCAGGCCCACAUACCUAUAAUUACCCAGGUCAUCCGAUAUAAAUCCGAGGAAAACACUGAUUAUUUUUUUUUGAGACAGGCAUUGUCUUUCAUCACUGUAAUACAAUGACUUCUUGUUGGCAAGCUUGAGUGAAAAAUUGUCCUUUUUGAGCAGUAAGUGGUGAUUAGUAAUCUCUACUGAAGUCCUUGCAUUGGCAAUUGUUUGUAUUAAUAUAUGAUUUAUUUUUUGGUAAUGUUUUUGUCUGUCUUUAAAAAAACCCGACAUAUUUGUCAUGUGCCUUCUUAAAGGUCAUUCUCCCAACCACUGUUAAGACUAUCCUAAGUAUUCUUGUUUCAUUUUUCUCGUAAUUAUUUUUAUUGCUUGUGAAAUGCUAGCCUCCUGUUGCUCAGUUUGUGUUUGUAGUGUAUUAGUAUCUUUAGGCUCUACCUAGCCUAAGAAAAUGAAUGAUCUAUGCUAUAAAUUGACCUUGUAAAACAGAGCUGCAGCUAUUAAACUGUAUGCAUUUUUAAGCUAACUUAGUUACCAGAAAUACAUGUUUUCCACUUACCACAGCUAUAGGAAAGAUCAGCCAGAUUAAACUCCCAAUAAUUAAAUAGAUUCCUCUUGUUUAAAUGCACAUUUGAAUGAUCUUUCCUUUUCCUCUAUGUUUGUGAGAGACAUGUUUAUAAUUUAAGCAAAAUUCUGACUAAUGCGAGUUACACUUUCAUACUAGAAAAGAACAAAGAGGCAGAAAUGGGAAGAAAAAACUUCCUGCGUUCCACUGCUGCCUUCUUUUGUAUGAUCCGUGUGAAGGAGUAUAGAGCAAAAGGCACAGUAAUGCUUGCAGCCUGCUGGGCACUGGCUAGGUGUUGUUCUCCAAUUUUGAACGUGAUGUUUAAAGAAAUCGUGAACUAACUGGAGAGCCAGUGAGGAUAGAAGAAAGGAUGGACAGAGGGCUUGACCUGUGAGGAAAGAGUACCGGGAAUCUUGAAGAAAGAUAACUGAGGCCUUUUAAUGCCUCAGAACGUAAAGCAAGCUCCUAUGCUGUUGUAGACUGUGAUCAAGCAAGAAAGGAAGUUAGUGUCCGCACUGGAGGAGUGACAGAUAAGACAUCAAGAAAGACUUAUACAUUUGAUAUGGUUUUUGGAGCUCAGGCAAAGCAGAUUGAUGUUUACCGGAGUGUUGUGUGUCCCAUUUUGGAUGAAGUUAUUAUGGGCUACAACUGUACAGUGUUUGCUUACGGCCAAACUGGUACUGGUAAGACCUUCACAAUGGAAGGGGAGCGGUCACCCAAUGAGGAAUACACUUGGGAAGAGGAUCCACUAGCAGGUAUAAUACCCCGUACAUUGCAUCAAAUAUUUGAAAAACUCACAGAGAAUGGUACUGAAUUUUCAGUGAAAGUCUCUCUUUUGGAAAUCUACAAUGAGGAGCUUUUUGAUCUUCUGAAUCCUACUCCUGAUGUUGGAGAAAGACUGCAGAUGUUUGAUGACCCUCGAAACAAGAGGGGUGUAAUUAUUAAAGGCUUGGAAGAAAUAACUGUACACAACAAAAAUGAAGUCUACCAAAUCCUGGAAAGAGGUGCAGCAAAAAGAACAACUGCAGCUACUUACAUGAAUGCAUAUUCCAGCCGUUCCCACUCUGUGUUUUCGAUUACCAUCCAUAUGAAAGAAACGACAGUAGAUGGAGAAGAACUUGUUAAAAUUGGGAAGUUAAACUUGGUUGAUCUUGCAGGAAGUGAAAACAUCGGUCGAUCUGGGGCCGUGGACAAAAGAGCUCGUGAAGCUGGAAAUAUCAACCAGUCUCUCCUGACACUGGGAAGAGUUAUUACUGCUCUAGUAGAAAGAGCCCCACAUAUUCCAUACAGGGAAUCAAAACUCACAAGAAUCCUUCAAGACUCUCUUGGGGGACGAACAAAAACAUCAAUAAUUGCCACAGUUUCUCCUGCAUCUAUAAAUCUUGAGGAAACAUUGAGUACACUGGAAUAUGCCCACAGAGCAAAGAACAUAAUGAACAAGCCUGAAGUUAAUCAGAAGCUAACAAAAAAAGCUCUUAUUAAGGAAUAUACUGAAGAGAUUGAACGUCUGAAGCGAGACCUUGCUGCUGCACGAGAAAAAAAUGGAGUCUAUAUUUCACUUGAAAAUUAUGAGGCCCUUAAUGGAAAGCUGACAGUUCAGGAAGAACAAAUUGCAGAGUAUGUUGACAAAAUCAGCGUCAUGGAGGAAGAAGUGAAAAGAAUCACUGAACUAUUCACAGUUAGUAAAAAUGAACUUGAGCAGUGUAAAACAGAUCUGCAAAUCAAGGAGAAAGAACUGGAAGAAACACAAAAAGAUCUGCAAGAAACCAAGGUUCAUCUGGCUGAAGAAGAAUAUGUGGUUUCGGUUCUGGAAAAAACUGAACAAAAACUUCAUGGCACAGCUAGCAAGUUACUUAGUACAGUUGAAGAAACUACAAAAGAUGUAUCUGGUCUCCAUGCAAAACUGGACCGUAAGAAGGCUGUUGAUCAACACAAUGCUAUCGUCCAAAAUACAUUUGCAGGACAAAUGAAUGUUUUGUUCAACAAAAUACAAGAUUCAGUUAGUGAAAACAGUUUGAAGCAGCAACAGAUGUUGACAUCUUACACAAAUUUUAUAGGUGACCUCCUGUCUACUAGCUCUUCAGCAGCUAAUAUUCUUGCAUCAGUUGUAUCAGCAUCUUUUGCCUCUGUUAAAGAAUUGGUGUCUACUGAAGUUUCUCACAUGUCUGAAAAAAUAACACAACAUGAGAAUCUGUCACUCGAUUGUAAAGCUGAGCUGCUGAGAUUAAUUGAGGAACAUGCAUCUGGAUUAGGAAGAGCAUUAAAUAGCUUGACACCAAUGGUAGAAUUUGUCUUGGGGCUAAACUGUCAGUUUCAGAGUAACAUGAAGAAAUAUUCUGCUGUGGCUGACAAGAUGGAGGAUCAUAAAAAGGAAAUGGAUAUCUUCUUUGCAGAUCUUUCUCUCACUCUGAAAAAAUUGCAGGAAGAAACGGCCAGUGUUUUUGUUCAGCUUCAGAAUGAUUGUGAGAAUUUAAAAGAAGAAGUAGAAAUGACGAGGUUGGCACAUACAAAGAGUGCAGCUGAGUUGAUGUCCUCGCUGCAAAGCCAGCUUGACCUGUUUGCUCAGGAGACUCAGAAGAAUUUAACUAAUGUACUUGUGAAAAACGGAAGCUUGAAGACCACCAUCACUGCUGUGCAAGAAAAUGUUCACCUGAAAACUACAGACCUAGUCAGCAGUACAGCUUCCAAUCACAGCAAAUUUAUUGCAUCUCUGGAUAAUUUCUCUCAAGAGCUCAGGAUCAUAAAUGCUGAAAACAAGAUGAUGCUGGAAGAAUCCACUGGCCACUGUCAACAUCUUCUCAGCAAUCUCAAAAAUGUGUCUCAGGAUACUGAUAAAUGGGGUGAAUUUACAACUGCUCAGAUAGUCAACUUUACCAAUCAGCAGCUGUUGUCCUUCAAGGAUAAGAAACAGCAACUUCAGUGUUUACAAAAGAAAAAUGAAGAAAACUGUGAUAAAGCUAUAGCUGAAAUUGUUGACCAUAUUAGUAGACACAAGUCUGCUGAGGAGAAGGUACUAAAUAGCCUUCUUGAUAAGAUAAAGGUUGAUCAGGAGAUACUUCUGGAGCAGAAGCUGGCACUUAAUGAGGAAGCACAGCAUGGACUGACUCAGGUUAAUGGUUUCCUGCAAGAGGAUCUUAAAGUGGAUAUUCCAACAGGGACAACUCCACAGAGAAGAGACUACUACUAUCCAGUCACACUUGUGAGAACAGAACCCCGGGAACAACUGUUGGAGCAGUUAAGGCAAAAACAACCAAAGCUUGAUGCUGUGCUAAACAGUGAAACAAAGGAGGUGGUGGAGGAUAAUGCAGAUCAGGACCUGUUGGAAGAGGAAGAAGGGUUACAAGAAUCCAGUGAAAGCCUUGCUAGUGACAAAUCCUUACUGGAUACAAACAUAGGCUGCCAUGCAAAUGGUGGUAUUCCCUUUUUCCAGCAUAAAAGGAGUCACAAAAAAGAUAAAGAGAACAAAUCUGCAGCUACAGUGGAGAAGAACAAAAUCGAGGACAUGACGGAACAGUUCUUUCCCAAAUCUAAGCUUCCUUUAAGAUCACUGAACUAAGAUGUAUCCACUGCAGAUCCCUGUUUUGAAGUACUUAUGUCUAAUUGUCUACUGAGCCAUAACUUUCUCUGGUUAUUCUCUGUCUCUGUAUAUAAUCAUAUAUCGAUACAAAGCUGGAUCAAAAGAUUGGCCUGUCAGAUGUCCUGCCUUUGUCCCAUUUUAUAUGCUGUAGCUUGCAAAGUAUUAACAGACCUUAAAAAAAAAAAAACAA